GAAACAAUGGGAGUGGAGAAGGAACAAAGAAAUCUGUAACUGGCUGUGGUCAAUUGGUUGUAAACACCACUGCACUUGGACCAGCAAGAGGACCCUGUUUCUAAUGGGGUUUGGCCUGUACUUGGCCUCUGACACUCUGGAAACUAACUAGCAGCAGUCAAAACCACAGUUGUCUUUGUGUGUGUGUGUGUGUGUGUGUGUGUGUGUGUGUGUGUGUUUGAGACAGGGUCUUGGUCUGUCACCCAGGCUGGAGUGCAGUGAUCAUAGCUCAAUGCAGCCUCAAACUCUUGGGCUCAAGUGAUCCUCCUAUCUCAGCCUCCCAAGUAGAUGGAACUACAAGCAUGUGCCACCAUGUCAAGCUAAUUUUUUCUUUUUUGAGAGAUGAGGUUUUGCCAUGCUGCUCAGGCUGAUCUUGAUCUUGUGAGCUCAAGCCAUCCACUUACCUCGGCCUCCCAAAGUGCUGAAAUCACAGGCAUGAGCCACUGUGCCUGGCCGGGAGCUCCUUCUUUACACUGUCAGGUAGCAGGGCUCUGCCUUUUGGAGUGAUUUCAGCCACGAAGUCAUCAACAGUAAUGUGUUCCAGGCCUUUUUUUUUUUUCCAGGCCUUUUUUAAAAAUUCCUUUUACAAUUCCAGCCUCACUCAAUUAAUUUAGCUCUCGGCAACUCUUUGAGGUGUUUUCUUUCUGCAGUUUCUAUUGGCUCUGGUUAAUUGCUGCUCUCAUCUGCACACCCUUACCUUGCUAUCAUACUCAUCAGCUGCCUGGAAUUAGACCCUCAUUCCAGUUACAUGCUUUUAAAGUAUUGCUGGAGUGCUCGCUUCGGCAACACAUAUACUAAAUUGGAACGAUACAGAGAAGAUUAGCAUGGCCCCUGUGCAAGGAUGACAUGCAAAUUCGUGAAGCGUUCCAUAUUUUAGAUGCUUCAAAGUAUUAUUAAAAAUAUGUGGAUUCCCUUGAAGCCCUACUAUACCCAAGUUUACCAGGAGAUUUGGGUAGGAAUGGGGUUGAUGGGCUUCAUUGUUUAUAAACUCCAUACCGCCAAUAAAAGAAAUAAGGCUGUGAAAGCUGCAGCACCUGCUCGUGAUCAUUAACCAGCUUCCUUGGAGUGCAUGUGAAGGAAAACGUCAGUCUGCCUGUAAAGUUGAGCAAGCCAUGUUAGAUGGGGCGCGUGGAACAUCACUGUACACUUGUAUGAGUACUGUUUACUUCGUGGCAUGAAUAAAUGGAUCUGUGAGAUGC